AUGGCAUCGUAUCACGACCUUGGUGUCCCUCCUUCGCUGGCUACAGUUACUGUGAAGAUAUUCGACAUCAUUCAAGCUGGAGACCACGACAAUGUCAAAGCGCCCGCCACAGGUGCCUUUGAGCCCGUUUUGUCUGGCCACGAAUAUCUCAAAUGUCCUAUAUUCACAUUUUACAUUGAGCAUGCUCCAACUCAGCAACAUGUUCUGUUCGACUUAGGCAUGCGGAAGGAUCUGGAGAAUUGUGCCCCACAGGUGUCUACUCUUCUUCAGAAGGCUUUUCCUGUCAAAACAGACAUUGUCGAUCUCAUCGAGGCGGAUGGAAUCGGAAGAGAGAGCAUCAACGCCGUAAUAUGGAGCCACUCUCAUGUUGACCACACAGGUGAUAUCUCCAGGUUUCCCUCGUCGACGAGCCUUGUAAUCAGUGAAGAGCUGGCAUUGGAGACGUACGAAACUGAUCCUAGCAGCACACUACUCCCAAGCGAUGUCGAGGGACGGACGAUCAAAAGAGUUAGUUUCGACCUUAAGAUCGGUGAUUUCAAUGCCCAUGAUUACUUUGGAGACGGUAGCUUGUAUCUUCUGGCGGUUCCUGGUCAUCAAGUCGGACACCUCUGUGGUUUGGCGCGAACCACACCUACGAGUUUUGUCCUUAUGGGAGCUGAUUCUUGUCACCAUAUCGGCGCCCUUCGUCCAACUGCCCUGCUUCAUCGGAAUUAUCCAUGUCCUGCCGCACUGACUGAUAACACGAAGGCUACAGUAUCCAACGUCCAUUUCGGCGAAUCGGGAACAGAAAAUGCAUUUGACCUCAAGGCACAGACCGACCCGCUCCUUCGGAUCAACAAUUCGCCUUAUCACGCUGAUGCAACGGUGGCCCACCGCUCGGCCCACAGUCUAACGGCCUUUGACGCAAACCCUGAUGUGCUUGUUAUUCUCGCGCAUGAUUCGUCCGUCCUGCCACUUUUCCGCCAGAUGCCGGUCACACUCGAUGAUUGGAAGACGAAGGGAUGGAAGGAAAUGACUGUGUGGGCUUUCUUAAACGCGGAUAAUCCUGCGUUUAGGUUUAGCGAAGGAUAG